GAGCCCUAUACUUCAUAUCAUCUGGCCGAUCAUCGACACGACAGUCUUGCUGGUGGUCGUGUCGGAUGCCGUCUUUGCAACGUGGCUGACUAUCCCGGAGACGGACAUGAGCUCGCCAAGCAAAUCUUCUCUUAUCACCUACAGCGUUAAGCCUGUUUUUCAAGCUAUUUUUCCUUUAUUAGCGGGGCGUUCAACUCCCGCUCUUCGAUUCCUCAUUUGGGUCGCCCCCGAAGUUGUGCUUUCGUUCCUAUUGUUGAAUGGCAAUACAUGUGUCUUACGACGCGAUUCUUGUACGAUGACAGUGCCAUAUAUUAAUCCAUUACGAGAACGACAGUCUGUUUUAUUGGUCUGGAUGAGAGCCAGUGAACAAUCACGAGCUCGUGCAUACUGUGAAUUGGUAAGUAUGAUAUACACUUGGAACGAUACAGCAGCUACCGUGUCAAUUUUAUCGUUUUCUAUCGCCCUUAUCAUCUCUUCUAAUACGUUCGCGAAUGAUUUCUAUUGUUAGAUGUACGAAAUGCAUUGGCAGGUAAAUAGAUCAUCGUCAUCGGGUUCUCAUAAUGCGCA